AUGCUCCCUGGAACGACCAUUCUGCAGGGCUUCCACGUUGCAGGCAACGAACAGGGUGGCAAGGAAAAUUUGCAUGGCUAUUUUUGCAGCCCAGUGCUUGUUUACCCCGGCAAUUACUCUGAACAGCUUGUCGACAAGACAGUUGAGCAUGACGAAAACAAUUCGGUGCAAUUCGAGACUGGACGGGAGUCGGCAUCCGACCUGCUAGAAGCUGAUUGUGACGUGACAGUACUGCGUCACCGAGAUCACCAAUGGCUUGCUAUGGACUUCGACUCCUUGCAUGAGCUCUCCACUGGUAGUCCCGCCACCACGCGCACCACCCGAUUGAGGCGCUCGACGCACCUGGCUCCCAAUCCCACAUUUCAUGGUGCGCAGCUGCCGAGGAAGCACGCGGCCACGGCAUUGCUGAGCCGCGGGUUCCCGUACUCGCGACGGCUUACGGCGCACGACUCUUGUGUCAACGCACUCGCAUUUUCGUCCCAGAAUGGCCGGUUUCUUGCCAGCGGUGGGGAUGAUCUCAGUAUCCAUCUCUGGGAUCUGCAUUCUGAGACCGUGAAGAAAAGACCAUCAUGCACCUUCCGCGGUCCUGUUAGGAACAUAUUUGUCCUGGCGUUUUCUGCUCACAACCGUUUCAUAUUCUCAGGCGGAGUCGACGAGACGGUCCUCAAGUUCGACGCCGCAGCUCAUCUGGAACGCGGAUUAGAUUCACAGGUUUUCCACACUCCGGAUGCUCGUUUUUAUGACCACGAGGACUCUAUUCGGGCUAUUUCUCCCCAUGUUGUUCAAGAUGAGGUUUUCCUUACGGCCAGUGAAGACGGGAAGAUCCUCAUGCACGACGGAAGAGCACGUAUCCGAGCCCAGGACACACUCCAACUCGAUGCGGAGGUGACGAGUGUCCAAUUCCACCCCAUGAUGGAGCACAUCUUCCUGUCGAGUGAUUCGCGAGGGCGGCUUACCGAACUCACCGCCGUCAGCAGUAUCAUACCUACAUUUGUCGUCGCUCCUCUCCCUCCUUGGCUCGUCUGGAAACAAGCAGUGUUGUAUUCAACAGUGAUGGCUCUCAACUCUGUGCUACCAACCUCGGCGUACAUCUGGGCUCUUCCCCCGUCUCAUGAACUGACUGAGCGGCGGCGAGUGAUGUCGUAUCGGGACUGGACAGCGGAGGAGCACACUGGUGUCACAGACGACAUCCACGGGCCACGAUAUGUCCCGGUUGAGCUCGACACGCCUCUGGCAAGACUCGGCGGGCACCACUCGAUCGUGAACACUGUGAUCGUGCAUCCAGAAAUGCUUGUGGCUGCGACUUCCGGUGUCGAGGCCCAUGUCGUCCUCCAUGGCGCCGCGGAGUCUCUGUUAGGCGGGCUGUCCAGAACAUCGCAGAACACCCGGGCCAUCGGAAGCAGCUGGGAGUGGGCGAGCGCUGCCGGCGAAGAUGAGCGGGACGGGCAUUGGGUCGAAGAGCAGCAAGACACAGUGCAGAUGUUCGAUAGUAUCAUCUACAGAGAGCGUGCGAUCGAGCACAUGCUUGGAAGCGACGGAGAAGAUAGCGACGUUGACGUCGCCGAAGACAGCUAAAACCUGGGGAUGCCGGGCAGUGGGAAUUCACCUGUAGUGAUAUCAAUGAUAUGUAUAUAACGACUUCUCGAUCUGUUCCCUCACCGUCGAACAAUCUCUUGAAUGGCACGAGGUUAUUUCACUCGAGGACGUUCAAAACAGUGGGGAUUAACCAACCA